AUGGUCAAAGAAAAAAGCCCACCCAGUGAAACUCUCUUAAAUGCUAAUCUGCCAAAUGUCAAUUUUGUUGCAUCUCCUUCUUCCAGUUUUGAUAAUCAAUCCCUUCAAACAAAGCAAUCUCCCACUGUUGCCACAACCACUGUUUCAACUCCGUUCAGUUACAUUCCAGACAAUACUAACAAGACAUUCAAAGUUGACCAUCGAAAUCAACAAGGAACAACCUCGAAUAUCACUACAACUCAACCAAGAUCUUUUCCAAUUACGCAACAAAAUCAGUUGCUUCCUUCUAUCAAUGAACUUUUGAAUCAGAGUGCUACUUUCAUGACAAGUGCAAGUUGUCAUCACUUUAAUUACAAUGGAAAUAGAGCUAUAUUGCCUUGCGUGCAUGAUUUGGUUUCGCAUGGUUUCCAAUUUUCCCAAUCUUCCUCAAUUUUCACAUUGUGA